AUGGCGUUUAAAUCGGCGUCACGGCCAAAUCGCUCGCACGCUAUUUCCCCUGCUUGCGUCGCUGCGCCAGUGGAGCUCAAAACAGGCAAGCCCCGUCGCGAGGAGGUGAUCACGGGGUCUCCCGACAACAACAUCACGGAUUACAUUUAUGAAAAGAUGGGCGCGGACUUGCACCGGCAGGCCGACCACCCCAUCGGCAUCAUUAAGCAAGCCAUUUACGAUUACUUUGAGGCGCGCAACCCGGGUCUGUUCGUCAAAUUCGACGAUCGGUUCCCUAUUGUUAGCACCCGCGCGAACUUUGACGAGGUGCUGGUCCCCGCUGACCAUAUUAGCCGCAGCCCCAACGACACGUAUUACGUCGACGCCAGCACCGUCCUCCGCUGCCACACCUCCGCACACCAAGCUGAGACGCUCCGCGCCGGCCACGCGGCCUUCCUCGUCACCGGUGACGUCUACCGCCGCGACUCCAUCGACGCCACUCACUAUCCCGUCUUCCACCAAAUGGAGGGCGUGCGCGUAUUCUCCGAAGCCGAUUGGACGGCUGCAGGCCUCUCCCCCACGCAGCUCGCGGAGCAGGACCUCAAAGCUGCCUUGGAAGGCCUCGCGAAACACCUCUUUGGCGACGUUGAGUGCCGAUGGAUUGACGCCUAUUUCCCCUUCACGGAUCCUAGCUUCGAGCUGGAAAUCUUCUUCAAGGGCAAGUGGCUGGAAGUCCUAGGCUGCGGCGUCAUGGAGCAACGCAUCUUGGACGAUAACUACAAGCCCGGCCACAAGGCCUGGGCUUUCGGUCUGGGCCUGGAGCGCCUCGCAAUGGUGCUGUUCGACGUGCCCGACAUCCGCCUCUUCUGGUCCAACGACGACCGUUUCCUGAAGCAGUUCGGGGCAGGCGACCUGACCGCGAGGUUCAAGCCAUAUUCCAAGUUCCCGGCUUGUUACAAGGAUAUGGCGUUUUGGGUUUCCCCGGAGUUCAGCGAGAACAACCUGUGCGAGCUGGUGCGCUCCAUUGGCGGCGACCUGGUGGAGGAAGUGACGUGUAUUGACACGUUUACGAACAAGAAGACGGGUCGUACGUCUAACUGCUACCGAAUUGUGUAUCGGUCCAUGGAACGGUCGCUAACAGACGAGGAGAUCAAUGCGCUGCAGGAGCGGGUGCGGAAGGAGGUGGCGGAGGUGCUUAAGGUGGAGCUUCGAUGAGGGAGCCAGGGUGGUGGGGGGAAAGGGACGAAUGAGGGUAAGGAGGAAAUGUGUGACGAUGUGAUGGCUGUGAACUGAACGCGAGGACGAGUGCCAGAGCGAGAGAGGGAGGAGGGAGGGACAGGAAGGGAUAGAGGGGAGUGUGAGCGUGUUGUGGUAUGCUGUGCUCCGGGGAAAGCUCCUGGAAUAGAGGGAGCAGACUGGGGAGAAGUCGGAGGAAAGGCAGAGGUGUAAUGAAGCGGCCCCCG